AUGGCCCUUCAAAUCAACGGGAUUGCAGUGGUGACUGGUGCUGGCAGUGGUAUCGGCAAGGCAGUCGCCCUCGCCUAUGCCGCGGAAGGCGCCCGGGGUGUGGUUAUAGCCGAUUUGAACCUCGAGGCUGCACUCCAGACGGCACGAGAAAGUGAAUCGAUAGCUACUAGCCCCACCUACCGAGCACUUCCUGUGGCUGUUGAUGUGACCGAUGAGGAAAGUGUCGACCGUAUGGUCACGGCAGCAGUUGAGGCAUUUGACCGCAUUGAUUAUAGCGUAAACAGCGCUGGAAUCGGGGUCAAGCACCACAAGCCCGUCGAUAAGGCAGAGAUUUCUGAGAUGAACGCCUUCUGGCAAGUCAACGUGUUAGGAACUCUCAACUGUAUCAAGUCCGUGACCAAGGUUAUGAAAUCACAGAGUGUCACCACCUUGAAUAACCAGGGAAAAUCACGCGAAAUUGGUCGAGGUGUCAUUUUGAACGUGGGAUCAUGCAAUUCGUAUAUCGCAACGCCAGAUAUUGUCCCAUAUACGACGACAAAGCAUGCUGUGAUGGGGUUGACCAAGAGUGCCGCCCUCGAUCUCGCACCGCAUGGGAUACGCGUCAAUGCGAUUUGCCCCGGCUGGGUCAAUACACCUAUGGUGACUGCAGCCAUUAAUGGAAACCCGGGUCUCCCUGAGAUGAUGCGAACAAUUAUUCCUAUGUCACGGAUUGCAGAACCGGAAGAGGUUGCAGAUGUGGUCUUAUUUAUGACUAGCCCCAGAUCGAGCUACGUCACUGGUGUCGGUUGGGUUGUAGACGGUGGGACAACCCUGCAAGUGCAAACUUGUUGA